GAUUACUGCUAAGCCGAAAUGUGCAUCUCAAAUCUUGAAGGGGAAGUCCCGAAUGACGAAAGGCAUUGUGAGGUACGUGUUGGGGAAUUUACCUAUAGUGGCAGUUGCUGAUCAUAAAGGUCGAAACGUCCAGCAAAGUUGGUGUUGCGUGAAAGUCUGCAGAUUCUGGGACAAUGAGCAAGAACAGCAAGAAAUCAAGGAAAAACAAGCAUAAGGCUGCUCCUGCUAGUGCAGAGCAGAGCUCGGAGUCAGUGAAUGACAGUACCAUCAACGGAAAAUCUGAAAGGAUUCUAGAAGAUGCAUCAGGCCCCAGUAAGAAUAAAGACAAUACAGACAAGCUGACGAUGGAAGCUGACCCUCCAGAACCUAACCCAGGAAGGAUUCUAGAAGCUGCAUCAGGCCCGAGCAUGAAUAAAGACAAUAUAGACGAGCUGACGAUGGAAGCUGAACCUCCAGAACCUAAUCCAGAAGACCUUUCACAAUUAAAGAACACAUGCCGUGCUUUGAAAUCAAAUCUAAAUACCAUUAAUAGGAAAUAUCAAGAGGAAAAAAAAGAAAAGGAAAUAUUACUUAAUGAAAACCAAGAUUUAAAAUCCAAAUUGUGUUCUGUGGAAAGGGAAUUGGAAGCUGCUAAAAUGCAAAUAGAAAAAUUGAAAAACCAAGGAGCUCUUCCCCGAAAAUCAUGCGAGGCUCACGAGCCAAUGGAUCAUGUAACAGUUGAGGAACAUGCGGGUGAGCAACCAGACCAAAAAGCAUCUUCAGAUGGACUCAUGCGGAAGAAGAAGGAAGACUAUUUGGUUCAGAACAAUGCGGAAGGGAUUUCUGAGGGACCUCGUGACACGUGGGAUCAGGAUGUUGAAAUGGACGACGCGUUCAACAGAUGGGAAUCAGGACCUGCAGCAAAGCUUCCUCAAGGUAAUGACAAAGAUAAGGAGUCCAGUUGGCACCAAUCGGAUCGGAAGCAGUGGAAUGAUGUGGCUGCUUCGGUUGAGCUUGAUGAAUCUUUGAGUAGCAGCCAAUCUUCGGAUCACAGGGGUGAUACCAGAUCACAAAAUAGAAGAGCAAGUGAUGUGGGAUGGAAACGCAAUGAAAGAUCUUUCUAUCAGCCACCAAACAGAAAUGACGAGCAUAAUUAUGGCACACGUAAUUUCCAAAAUGACAGAGCCAAUAGACAUGACAACACUUAUAGAGAGAGGGGAGGAGGAAUGAAUAAUAGAGGUGAUCGUGGCCAAAACUAUAACCAGAAUGUGAAUGAGAGGGGAAGAGGAAUGGAUAAUAGAGGUGAUCGUGGUCAAAACUAUAACCAGAAUGUGAAUAAUCACAACAUUCGUGACCACAGAAUGAGAACUACAGGUGAACCACAAGUUAUCACAGAGAUUUAUGGUGAUCUUUUUACUGCGCCACCAGACUACUCCCUUGCACACUGUGUUGCAGAGGAUAUGCGCAUGGGGAGUGGAAUAGCUGUCACAUUUAAGCAGGUGUUCAAACAUGUGGAUGAGCUUCUUGAUCAACGUAAACGACAAGGGCAGGUUGCAAUGCUGGAACGUGAUGGCCGCUUCAUUUAUUACCUUGUGACUAAACGUGAGAGUACUGGGAAACCAACAAUGGAAACACUAGAAAGGAGUCUUGUGGCUAUGCGUCAACAUGUUAUUGAGAACAAUGUGAAAAAAAUUGCAAUGCCUCGCAUUGGGUGUGGUCUUGACAGAUUAGAGUGGCGCCGUGUCAAGCCACUUAUAGAAAGCAUCUUCUCAGGAACAGGUGCACAAAUCACAGUUUACAAUUACAAUGAGGAUACGGCAGAAUCAUCAAAACCCAAGCACAUCAGUAAUGUUUGGUUGAAGAGCGCACAGAUGCCAGUCGCUGACAUUGAUGUAGGUACUGCUAUUUUGUGCCUUUGUGCAGCAGAUCGCUCGGUCAACUCAACAUUAGAAUUAUUGGACAGAAAAUUCAGAAUAAUGCCGCAGUAUCAGCAAAUGGACAGAAAGCUUGGCAAAUUUAUUGCUAUACAAAAACCAAAUUAUUACAUUUUCCUUUUAAUUGUUAGAGAGAGCAAAAGCAGUCCACUUUCGUUUAGAGCACUUGGAGACUGUAUGCGGCAAGUCUGUAAGUUGAUUGACAAGAACAGAUACGAAUAUGUUGCUGUAGAAGCUUUUGAUGACGAGGAUGAUCCACUUCUAUUUGAAAAAGUCAUAACUGUAAUAAAGACAGGACUCGAUACAAAGUAUCAAAAAGAGUUGUGGUUAUGUUAUCCUGCAACAGUUUCAAGAGUACCCAACACAAGGCCAAGCAGUGAAACAUAAUGCCCUUUCAUAUAUUAUAGUUCUUUGUAAUGAUAUUAAACAAGUGAAUGUAAAAUAAAAAUGUAAGAAUAUUUUCAUAAAUAAAUGUAAUUGGUGUAUAUUUAUAA